CCGGUUUGUGAGAAGAGUGUCAAACAGCAGCACUGAGAGAGGAGGAGGCGCCGCCGCUUCAGCCGCUCCAUGUAGAACAGCGAGCCGGCCGGGCAUGCGCUUCAACUAAACCCUGACACCCACCCGGAGCUGAGCGACCCCCCGCACCCCCUCAGAGCCCGCUAUCUGAUGUAGAGUUCACCGCUUCUGAAAGCUUGGUUACUCGCUGAAAGGGUUUACGCCUCAGAUCGUGUGAGAAAAUGGCGGAUGUGGCUCCAGCUGGCGCGGAGAAGAGCCUGGACGAUUUCUUCGCGAAGCGGGACAAGAAGAAGAAGAAGGAGAAGGGAAAGGGGGGCAAGGAGACGGCGGCCGCCGCCAGCAGCGCCCCGGUCUCGCUGAAGAAGACCAAGAAAGAGAAGGAGAAGUCCUCCAAGAACGACAACCAGGACCCGCUGACUGAGAAGGAGGAUGAAGAAUGGAAGGAGUUUGAGCAGAAGGAGGUAGACUACAGUGGCCUGAGGCUUCAGGCUCUGCAGAUAAGUGAUGAAAAAGAGGAGGAAGAAUAUGAGAAGGAGGAGGUUGGAGAAGAUGGAGAGAUCAUCCUGGUCAGUGGAGAUAAAAUUUCUGGCCCUUGGAACAAGUCAGGAGCUCCUCCACCACCUGCUCCUGUUGCAGAGGAAAAAGAGGUGCCUGAAUCAAAGCCCGCUGGAGUUUAUCGUCCGCCAGGAGCCCGGUUAGGGCCCACUAAGAGGGGUCCAUCACAGGGGCCUCCAGAGAUCUUCAGUGAUGCCCAAUUUCCCUCCCUCCUUGCCACUGCCAAACAUGUAGAGACUCGCAAAGACAGAGAAAUUGAGAAAACUUUUGAGGUGGUCAAGCACAAGAGCCGUACCAGAGAGGGAGACGGCCCAACCUCUAUGCAGCAGUUACAGUUGGACAACCAGUUUGCCGUUCUUGGGGAUAAGUAAAAGUCACCACCUUCUCACCCCCUCCUCAGUCCACCACCAAUGGUGCAGUCCGAACUGCAGGGAAAGAUGAUGACCUGCCGCUGUGCUGAUGCAGUCCUGACCAUGCUGGAGAUGCCUGCAAUACACACAUACACAUACUAUCUUUAGCUCUAUUUCUAUCUUUUUCUUGUGCAUACACAUUUCUCUCUCUCUCACACACUCUCACACACACACACACAAACACACACACACACACAAACACUCACAUACACACAGUAUCUAAACUGAAUAGUCAUUUCUCUCGCUCUUUCCUACAUGUGGUCAAACGCAGAACAGGCUAAACUGAAUAGUCGUCUUCUCUCACACACCAACACGUACAGACUCGCCACAAAGAAAUUUAGACGGAUGCCAUUAAAUAUCACACGCUUGGCUGGCCAAGGUCCUCUAAUCGUAUGCAUUCAAAAGGGCUGUGGCAACGGGGGACUGAGUGACUUCAGAUUCAUCUUUAUAUGACAACGGACACCCAAUGAAUGAUGCUGUAUGAAUGGGAGAAAAAAAGACUAACUUUUUGUGACGGUGGAUUUACUCGGAGCAGUGGUUGUUUGGUCGGUUAGCUACUCCACAGGACACCAGCUCAGCUGUGAGGAAGGCCACUCUGACGAUGGACCUUGAUGAUUUCGGGUGUGAUCAGUUUAAGAACUGCUGUUGAAAUACACACUUUUUUUUUGUUUGUUUUUUGUUUUUUUUUGUUUUUUUCCAAAAUCAACAGAACUCCCGAACAUUAGGUAGUUUUUCUUUGUGAUGUGAGCAAGAUGGGAGCUUUCGGUUUGGGCACGAGUGAGAGGGGGUAGACUACCUCGGUUGCAUAUCUGUGGUUACCAUGUCGACUGAGUCCUUGGUCCUGGUUGGCUGCGCAGGCGAACAACAUCCCAAGCCGAAGAGGAGCGCUUAACCCUUCAAACCUCCAAAACUUGAAGAUUCUUUUUCUUUUUUCUUUUCCUCCCCUGCUUGUGGGACUCUUAAGAUCUGGCGACAAGGGAAAAAUAAAAGGCUUAUGGCCUUUGUAUCAAAAUGCUAUUUAAAGUGGCCUUACUGUAAAAAAAAGAGAAAAAGCUUAGAAAAAGUGAUGGAAAUAUAUAAAUAUAAGAGUGAGAGAAAAAUCUAUCAUCCUCUGGAGGGACUCUUCUUGACUGUGUGGUAGGCUGCUGUUUGCCUGAAUCUCACCACUUUGAGGAGUAAAAACCGCCUCCCUGCAUUCUUGAACCAGAUUGUAGUGCUGAGCUGUAGUUUAAAUAUGAUUUAUCCUUUCUGGACACUGAGUAAGCACAUUUUUCAUUAGACCUGCGAAACUAUUGGCAGUGGAAAAUCUUCCUUUAGCACUAGGCUUACUCUAUGUUCAGAAAACCCUGUCCUACAUUGAUUAACUGAUCGUCACCGUUUCCCUCUGUCCAUCCCCCUCCCCCCAUUCCUACUAUAUCCCUUUCCAUUAUUCUUUUAUUUGAUUUCAUGAUUGGCAAACCAUUAUUAAAGCUUAACCUUCUAAUCAA